CGCAGAGAUAUAAAAGUGACUGAAGGACCCCAAACCGCACAGUUCAGUUCUUGAACUAGUUGAACUCACAUGUGGAAGAUGAGAGCUUUGUUCGUUAUAUCGAUCUUAGUCCUUGCUGCAGUGGCCGCGAGGGCCGAGGCAGAGGAGAAGACCGAUAAAGCCGUCGAUAAGAAACAAACGAAAAGAGGAUUAUUGGGUCUGGGGUACGGAUAUGGGAGUGACAUCGACCAUGGGUACCUAGUUGGGGGUGGACACGCCGUGGGAUUGGCGGCGCCAGCUCUUGGCUACGGGUUUGGACCCAUCGACUUGGGACACAGCACCGCGAUUGAGAAAACCAUCACGCUUAUCAAAGGAGUACCAGUGCCGUACCCAGUCGAGAGACACAUCGCGGUUCCAGUCGAAAAACAUAUUCCGUAUCCGGUAAAAGUACCAGUACCACAACCCUACCCGGUGGAGAAGCACGUACCUUACCCCGUCAAAGUACCAGUUAAGGUGCCCGUUCCGGUACCACAACCCUACCCCGUUGAGAAAAUCGUGCACGUUCCCGUCAAAGUCCCAGUUGACAGACCUUACCCCGUCAAAGUCUUAGUACCACAGCCGUACCCAGUCGAAAAACACAUCCACGUUCCGGUGAAAGUACCAGUACCACAACCCUACCCAGUCAUUAAGAACGUCCCCUACCCCGUGAAAGUCCCAGUGCACGUUCCUCAACCCUACCCCGUCGUUAAAGAGGUUCAUGUACCCGUGAAAGUCCCAGUCGAUAGACCAGUACCAGUUCACGUUCCACAACCCUACCCCGUCCACAUCGAAAAGCAAGUACCCUACCCAGUCGAAAAACUCGUACCUUACCCAGUUAAAGUACCAGUCGACAGACCUGUAGCGGUACCAGUUCCCAAACCAUACCCAGUCGAAGUUAAAGUUCCAGUACCACAACCCUACCCAGUCGAAAGACACAUUGCAGUACCAGUUGAGAAACCCGUACCUUACCCCGUGAAAAUCGCCGUGGACAGACCCGUCCCCUACCCCGUGAUCAAACCAGUGGCGUACGCCGUGGAAAAACCGGUCGCAGUACCCAUCAAAGUACCAGUGGGAAUCCCCGUCCACGACCACUACCACCACCACAUCGACCACUACUAAGUCCCAUAGAUAUUAUCGUUAACUAUAAAUCCCGUUUAUUUUUAUAACUUGUUUGCGUUAUUUAUGCCAAAUUAGUUACCUAGUGUUCUAUGUAACUUAUGUUUCUUAAUAAAUAAUUUAAUUAC